AUGGUGGGACAUCCCACCCUUUACUCGUCGUACCCGUACUCUCCUCCCUCCUCCCCCAUCGUACAAGACAAACUCUACCAACUCCCAAAGCUGCUAGCUAGCUUCAUCUACCCUUAUCCUGUGUUCAAGUACAAAUCUCCUUUCAACAGAGUUUUCAUGCGCAGCAAGUUUAAGGACGAACACACCUUUGAGAAGCGCAAGGCGGAAGCCGAACGCAUUCGCCAGAAAUAUGCAGACCGUAUUCCAGUUAUUUGCGAGAAGGUCGAGAAGUCGGAUAUUGCAACAAUCGAUAAGAAGAAGUACCUGGUUCCUGCGGACUUGACUGUCGGUCAGUUCGUCUAUGUUAUCCGCAAACGCAUCAAGCUGUCCCCGGAGAAGGCUAUCUUUAUCUUUGUUGAUGAGGUGCUUCCUCCGACGGCUGCCCUAAUGAGCUCUAUUUACGAGGAGCACAAGGACGAGGACGGAUUUCUUUACAUAACCUACUCCGGUGAAAACACCUUUGGCUUUGAGGAGCUGUUGUAAACCGUCGGAGGGAGUUCAGGUGUGGGGGAUGGUUUUUGCUUUCAUUUGGGAAAGGCCUGUUGGGUGGGGAGAUUGGUUGGUGAAGGUUUUCUUUUUUGGGAGGAGGUUUUCUGGCGUCGGCCCGAGUCGAUAAGCUCUUUCCCAUAAAAAAUCACCUCACCCAA